AUGUUUAAGAUUAAUGAUAUAGUAGAUAAGUCAAUGUAAAAUUUGGUGAAGCUUAUUUCACCUGAUUCUUUGGCAUUUAAUGAAGAAAAUUUCAAACAAUAUACUAUGAAGGAGUUCAUAUAAAGUGAGGAAUUAAAAAAAGAAAUAUAGCCUGGCGAUAUAGUAUUAACAAAAACUUCAAGCAAUGUUUAUGGUAUGUUUAGAAAAAUGAUGGAUUCAGAGUAUGAUCAUGUUUCUGUGUUUUUAGACCAAUAAAAUGUGUUGCAUAUUUCUCCUCCUAAAGUUCGUAUUAUUCCUUCAAAUAUUUUUUUGAUGCGCAGGAUGGAGCCAUUUAUAAUUAGACCAAAUCUUGAUAUUUAAGAAAGAAAUUACUUUAUAGAUCGUCUUAAAACAUUUGAGAAUUAAUCAUAUGACUACAAGGGGUUAAUAAGAAUAUUUGGCUUAAAAACUAUAUAAAAUUUAUUUAACAUGUCAUCAAGUUCAAGCUACUUGCUUUAUAAUUUGGACAAAGCAAAAACGAUGAAAAGAAAGAUUUGUACAGAUCUAAUUAUUUUUACUCUGGCACAGAGCUCGAAUAAAUUUAUGGAUGCCUUAAAAAAAAAUAUUUAUAAUCUCAAUUUUGCAUUUGUUGGAGCAUUUAGCCCAGAUGACUUCAAAUACUUAACAGUAAAAGAAAAUAAUUUAUUUAAAAUUAUAUAUCCUACAGAAAAAGAUUUGUCAAUACUGCAAGAAGAGUAAAGGAAAGUAAAAGUAGAAAAAGUAAAUCAAUCAUAUCAAGAUUAAAAAGAAGAAGUUAAAAUUGAAAGUUAAGAUUUGAUACCAGUGUAUCCUAAAGCAUUUAAAAAAGCAAAAAAGGGUAACCAUGAAUCAUUAAUAAAAGUAGUUGCUAGAUUAAUUGCCGUAGCCCAAGUAAACAGAAUAUUUUAAUAGGGAUAUUUGUAAAAUUUAAAAAAGAGAUUGGAUAAAUUCUAAUUUAUUUAAAGUGCAAAACUUGUAUACUACCUUUGGUCUUUGAAAAACUUCUUAUUCAAAAAAGGUGAAAUUUUGAACAAUAAAUUGAAAUUCAUAUAGACAGUUUACUAAGUAUUUAGGCUUCUGAGUAAUGCUGAUAUCAUAAAAAUUAAUUUUGAAAAAGUGUAUAUUCCAAUUAUUGAAUAGAUGCUUAAAAAGCUCUAUAAUUACUUUUUCUAAAAUAGACCACAUCUAUGA